AUGGUGCACUUAUGUUACAUGAUUCCAUUGGCUGACGGCGUGAUGAUCGCCAAAGCCAAGUGGGAGCACCUUCUGGAGCAGCCGAAGGACUCCCUGUUUGUGAAGGACACGGCAAAAGCUAUUUGGGGUAUCCAGUGCCUGUAUAACAGGAGCGUCACUGGUGCCCCAUGUCGCCGUUUCCUGUACAAAGAGGGGGCCCCGUCUGCUCCAGAAAAGAAGGCGCUGUCGCCUGUGAAGAUGGAGGCACUACGCAAUGCAUUUGAAGUGCACAUGGACAAACAUUCGAGUGAUAAAGACAAGAAGGAGAGGAGACGGCUGGUGAACAGACAUUUGGCAGACCUUCUGAAGGUGUUGAAGAAUUGA